CCCGGCCCGGGCGUGUGCGGCCCGGCGCACUGGGGCUUCGCGCUGGGCGGCCGGGGCUGCGGCCCGGACGAGUACGAGAAGCGCUACAGCGGCGCCUUCCCGCCGCAGCUGCGGGCCCAGAUGCGCGACCUGGCGCGGGGCAUGUUCGUCUUCGGCUACGACAACUACAUGGCGCACGCCUUUCCGCAGGACGAGCUCAACCCCAUCCACUGCCGCGGCCGGGGGCCGGACCGCGGGGACCCUUCAAAUCUGAACAUCAAUGACGUAUUAGGGAACUAUUCAUUGACUCUCGUUGAUGCGUUGGAUACACUGGCAAUAAUGGGAAAUUCAUCUGAGUUCCAGAAAGCAGUCAAGUUAGUGAUCAACACAGUUUCAUUUGACAAAGAUUCUACUGUACAAGUCUUUGAGGCCACAAUAAGGGUUCUGGGAAGCCUCCUUUCUGCCCACAGAAUAAUAAUUGACUCUAAGCAGCCCUUUGGAGACAUGACAAUUAAGGACUAUGAUAAUGAGUUGUUGCACAUGGCCCAUGACCUGGCUGUGCGACUCCUCCCUGCUUUUGAGAACACGAAGACAGGGAUCCCCUAUCCUCGGGUGAAUCUAAAGACAGGCGUUCCUCCUGACAGCAAUAAUGAGACCUGCACCGCAGGAGCUGGUUCUCUCUUGGUGGAAUUUGGGAUUCUGAGUCGACUGCUGGGGGAUCCCACCUUUGAGUGGGUGGCCAGACGAGCAGUGAAAGCCCUCUGGAACCUUCGGAGCAAUGAUACGGGAUUAUUAGGCAAUGUUGUGAAUAUCCAGACGGGCCAUUGGAUUGGAAAACAGAGUGGCUUAGGUGCUGGGCUAGACUCCUUCUAUGAAUACCUUUUAAAAUCUUACAUUCUCUUUGGAGAAAGAGAAGACCUAGAAAUGUUUAAUGCUGCAUACCAGAGCAUUCAGAACUACUUAAGAAGAGGGCGGGAAGCCUGUAAUGAAGGAGAAGGAGACCCCCCGCUCUAUGUUAAUGUGAACAUGUUCAGUGGGCAGCUCAUGAAUACUUGGAUUGACUCUCUGCAGGCAUUCUUCCCUGGACUGCAGGUUCUGAUAGGAGAUGUGGAGGAUGCUAUCUGCCUGCACGCCUUUUACUAUGCCAUAUGGAAACGCUAUGGGGCCCUUCCUGAGAGAUAUAACUGGCAGCUACAGGCCCCUGAUGUUCUCUUCUACCCACUGAGACCAGAAUUAGUGGAAUCUACGUAUCUCCUCUACCAGGCAACCAAGAAUCCCUUCUACCUCCACGUGGGAAUGGAUAUCCUGCAGAGUUUGGAGAAGUACACAAAAGUCAAAUGUGGGUACGCCACAUUGCAUCACGUCAUAGACAAGUCCAAAGAAGACAGGAUGGAGAGCUUCUUUCUCAGCGAGACCUGUAAAUACUUAUAUCUGCUGUUUGAUGAGGAGAAUCCAGUACACCAAUCUGGAACCAGGUACAUGUUUACAACGGAGGGCCACAUUAUAUCUGUGGACAAACAUCUUCGGGAAUCACCUUGGAAGGAAUUCUUCUCUGAAGAUGAAGGGCAGGACCAGCAAGGAAAGUUCGUGCAUAGGCCAAAAUCUCAUGAGUUAAAGGUCAUCAAUUCCAGCUCCAAUUGCAAUCGUGUACCUGAUGAGAGGAGGUACUCCCUGCCCUUAAAGAGUAUCUACAUGCGACAGAUUGACCAGAUGGUUGGCUUGGUUUGAUCUGCUGUUCUUUAUCUCAACUCAUCAUAAACCAAAUCUAACUAAACCCAGACCACACAAAAGUCUCAUCUGAAGUGGAAGAGGCAGAAGUCUUGACCAUCCAUGAUGGCAUAGGAAUUUCUGCCCAGCUUCUCACCCACAUCAAGUUAAUUCUUGCAUAUUUUGGUGUUUUUUUUUUUUUUUUUUCCAAUAAAAUGCCCUAUUUUUCUUAAGGAUAUAAUUUGAAAUGAGAAGGUACAUGGAAAUUGGCUUCUUUUGACAUGCUGUUGUUAUUAAGCAUAACAUAAUAGGGCAUCUUUAGAUUGAUUAUUUCCAUCUUUCUAUUUAAAAUCCAAGUCUCUUCACUUUGUCAGCACUUGGUCCUCUUGUUGUAUUGCUACCUCUUUGUUAAAGGUUUAGGAAUGCAAUUUCUGUGCAAAGGGCCUGAGGUUCACUUGAUAUACCAACGUUUGCAUUGAAAAUGUAGGUUUUUUUUUUUUUUUUUUUUUUAUAGGAUCAUUGGGCUCUCUGCCAGACAACCUGUGAUUUUUGGAUCAUAUGUGGGGAAAGUUAUCGAUUUGUUCACUUAUGUCCCAAGCAGUCUUCACAGUGUUACCGAUUAUUUACUUUAGAAUACUAGCCACCCAGAAUUCUGACAGGCAAACUCUAAGUUGUUAUGUCCUACUGUGAGAGGUUAUCUAACCGGUCUUUUGGAUCAUAUUUUGUAUUUAUUUUGAAUAUGAACUUAGGUGAGGAACUCACGUAAUUUCAGAACCAGGUGCCUUUUAGGGAGAGAAAAGAAAAAUCAAGUAACAAAAUCUAAGAUUGAGCUUCCAUCCUUCUUAAAUUUUCUAACGAAGUAUUCUAAAUGAUAACCAUCUUUGGGCUGUUUGGAGUUUUGUUUUGUUUUUGUCACUUGUAUCUAGUGCCAAUUAGCUAAAUCAGGGAGAAAGAAAUGAUCAGAUGACUUUCUGAUAUCCUUGAGCCAUGUCUCUGUGUAAUACAGGCUUUAGAUUAGUGCCUUAAGGGUUUUGAUUUAGGCCAUUAGCUGUUCAUAGCCACUGCUAUGUUUGUGGCAGUCUUUUGCAUUGCCAUAUAUAACAGGACCAGCAGGGAAACGGGUGGUGUGGGUGUUAAUGUGGAAGGUUCUGGAAAUUGCUUGAUUGGUCUUUGUCUUUCCAGUUUGUUAUUUUAGCCAAGUCUUUAGGAGAUAUUUAUGCUAAAAUACUUUUCCUUUUUGUUAGGUAGUCCAGUGGAAAAGGUAGAAGUCUCUUAAGAACUCUGAGCCUCAUGUAUUGUGUUUCUCACUUGUCAGUGUUUGCACACUUGAAAUGAUCUCAUUAGUUGUUGAAAACUAGAAAAUAACUUCCAUGUAAGUCAUUACAUUUUCAGUCAAAAGGGAAAAAAAAUUCCUUGAGAAUUUAAGGAUAACUCUUAAAAAUAGAUGUGAUAAUAAUUCAGUUAUUUUCAAUUUUUAAAAAGGGAAUUUUCAAUAAACACAUCAUCUAUUUUUUAAACAUUAAU